AUGGAAAAAAGAAAAAGAAUAACUUUAUUUAAUCUGGAGGAAGAAAUAAAUAAAAACAGAGUUUCUAAAACAAAGGAUAAAUCAAAAAAAAAAGAAACAAAUCAAACUAAGACAAUAAUACCAAAUAAAAAAAUAAAUAAUAAAAAUUAUUUUUUCAAAUUAUCAGAUAACUAUAUAUUAAAUGGAUCUUCAUUAUUUAGUGACGAGGUAUUUUAUGUAAAUAGUGAUAUUAAUAAAAAAGAAUAUGGUAGCAUUUUCUGUAAAGACAAAAUUCAAAUUGGUGAUGGGAUCAAAUGUGAAUUUUCAUAUCAAAUACUAGAAAAGAAAUCAACAGAUAGUUUUUAUUUUAUUAUUCACAGCUCAGAAAAUUUCUCUUUUAGAAACCUUGGACUUGGGUCAAAGGAUAGUUUCAUAGUGGUUAAAUUUACAUCAAUGUUUUCGUCCAAUGAUCAGUUUUCAUUUUUAUCAGCAGAGGUCCUCAGUUCUCAAGUAAAAAAUGGUACAUCAAACUAUUUAUCAAUGGGGUCAAAAAGUUUUAGUAAUAAUUUAAACGAUUCAAAAUAUAUAAUCAAUAUUUCAUAUAAUAGAAAAGCUUCAAAAAUUUCGAUACAAUUAAACAGUGAUGAAAAAUUAGAAAAUAUAAAGAUACCAUUUAAAAUUCCAUCAAGAUGUUAUUUUGGGUUUGCAAUAGAGGAAUCUUAUCAUUUUCAAAAAAAUCUAAUCCAUUUUUGCAAUUUAUCAAUAUAA